AUGCUAGGGAAGCACCGGAAGAGGAAAAUCAAUCCUCCCAUAUACCCAGUGCAUCCAAACGAAGAAAAAAAAAAAAACCUUAACAAUUUUAUAACAUAUAAAGAUUUGAAAAUACGAUGGAGAAGUACGUCCAAAAAUUAUCGUAAAAAAGUAACAAUAGCUAGGAAAUGGAAAAAUUUACAUUGUCUAUUACCAAUGAAUAAGAAUUCAUGUAUAUUCAUUUUGCAUAAAAAUUUGCCAAAAACUCGUUUUACAAAUAAAAAUAACAUCCAUUCUGAAGUCACUGGGUAUAGCACCACCCAACAACCAUGUGAAGUUUCUACUGAUGAAAGAAUCAAGCAGAUAAGCGAUAGUGGUGCAUCCAGUGGAGGAUCCCAACAAAUGGUCUUCUUUCAGAAUGCAAAAACAAAUAACACUGUGAGAAGAGGGAGAAAGGUGAAAAAUAGAAACCCGAUACAGGGACACGUAGUAGGUAAGCAAAUAAGCCCAAUUGAUGAGUUAGAUAAAGAUGGCCAAAUAUAUUCACAUGAUCAAACUAAAGAGCUGAAUUAUCACGAGGUACCACCAGCAAACAUGGAUCGUCUAAUAAACAAAAACAAAGAAGAUCUUUUUUGCAUUUUCAAAUCAAAUUUUAUAAAUGAACACAAAGUGACAAUUGGAGAUAUUGUCCAAACAGAAAAGUUACACAGGAGAAAAGCAGGAGAUGUUGUAUAUUUUGGAACAGUUCUUCUAGUAGGUUCAAAACAUUUUACUAUAAUUGGAAAACCAACAGUCCCUUACUGUAAGGUUAAAGCAACAAUAGAACAAAUAACUCUAAGUAAAGAAAUAUUAAGUUUUAGAUAUAAGAAGGUAAGACGAUCAAGUAGAUUCUUAAGAAUUAAACAUUGGAUUACCAUCCUAAAAAUUGAUGAUAUUAUAAUUGACACAAAGCAGACAAUAAAGGAUGAACGAAUUAAGCCUUUGCAGAUACUCGAUCUAUGGGCUAAUCGAUGGUUAUAUCAGAAAGAAUUGAACUUUAUCAAAUUUAACGAAACUGGCACCAAACCAUUAGCUGAGCAAAUUUAUGACCUAGUUGAACAUCAACCUAACACCUUGCAUAGGAGAGGCCUCACAGAAUGUUAUCGAUUUUACCCCGACCCCAACGUUCCCCCAUCGUACUAA